UGGUGACUCGCAGUGCCCCGCCCCCUUUCUCUGCGGCUCUGUAGCUCUGUGCCCUAGCGGUCGUUAGCGCGGACUGGUCACUUUGGUGGCCCAACCUUGCGUGCACCGGUAGGCGGAGGUGGAGAGGGGCUGCGAGUGGCUCCGCCAGAAGCAUUCUCACCUUGGUGGCCUUGUGGGCUUCCACGCGGAGGGUCUGGGGACAUGGCCAGAAAGGCUCUCAAGCUUGCUUCGUGGACCAGUGUGGCUCUUGCUGCCUCUGGGGUCUACCUCUACAGUAACAACUACUUGGACCCCAAUGACUUUGGCGCUGUUAGGGUGGGCAGAGCUGUUGCUACGACAGCCGUCAUCAGUUACGACUAUCUCACCUCCCUGAGGAGCGUCCCAUACGGCUCAGAGGAGUAUUUGCAGCGUCGAUCCCAGGUGCACCUCCGCUCCGCCAGACGUCUCUGUGAGCUCUGCUGUGCCAAUAGGGGCACCUUCAUCAAGGUGGGCCAGCACCUGGGGGCUCUGGACUACCUGCUGCCGGAAGAGUACACCAGCACGCUGAAGGUGCUGCACAGUCAGGCCCCGCAGAGCAGCAUGCAGGAGGUCCGACAGGUCAUCCGGGAAGACCUGGGCAAGGAGAUCCAUGAUUUGUUCCUGAGCUUCGAUGACACCCCCCUGGGGGCAGCCUCUCUGGCCCAGGUCCACAAGGCAGUGCUACACGACGGUCGGACUGUGGCCGUGAAGGUCCAGCACCCGAAGGUCCAGGCGCAAAGCUCCAAGGACAUUCUCCUGAUGGAGGUGCUUGUCCUGGCCGUGAAGCAACUCUUCCCAAAUUUUGAAUUCAUGUGGCUGGUGGAUGAAGCCAAGAAGAAUCUGCCUCUCGAGUUGGACUUCCUGAAUGAAGGGAGGAAUGCAGAGAAAGUGGCCGACAUGCUCAAGCACUUUGACUUCCUAAAGGUCCCCCAGAUCCACUGGGAGCUGUCUACCAAGAGGGUGCUCCUGAUGGAAUUCGUGGAGGGAGGGCAGGUCAACGACAGGGCCUACAUGGAGAAGAACCAGAUCGAUGUGAAUGAGAUCUCCUGCCACCUGGGCAAGAUGUACAGCGAGAUGAUCUUUGUCAACGGUUUCGUGCACUGUGACCCCCACCCGGGCAACAUAUUAGUGCGGAGGCAUUCGGACACGGGCAAGGCUGAGAUUGUCCUCUUGGACCAUGGGCUUUACCAGGUGCUCACGGAGGAGUUCCGCCUAGACUACUGCCAUCUGUGGCAGUCUCUGAUCUGGACCGACAUGGAGCGCGUGAAACAGUAUAGCCAGCGCCUGGGGGUCGCCGAGCUCUACCCGCUGUUCGCCUGUAUGCUGACAGCCCGGUCCUGGGACUCAGUCAAAAGAGGCAUUGGCCAAGCUCCCGUCUCUGCCACUGAGGACUCAGAGAUCCGCAAUAAUGCAGCCAACUACCUGUCUGAGAUCAGCCAGCUCCUUAACCACGUGCCUCGCCAGAUGCUACUCAUCCUGAAGACCAAUGAUCUCCUCCGCAGCAUUGAGACCUCCCUGGGCACCCGGUCCAGUGCCAGUUCCUUCCUCAACAUGUCUCGGUGUUGUAUCAGAGCACUGGCCGAGCACAGGAAGAGGGAUGCCGACUCAUUCUUCAGAAGGACCCAGAUAUCUUUCAGCGAGGCCUUUAGCCUUUGGCAGAUCAGCCUGCAUGAACUUCUGCUUCGAGUGAAGGGCUUGAGGCUGCUUUGCUGGGUUUCGACUCUCCUGGGCUGGCUGACUCGGGCCCCACACUGAGUGUGGCUGUCAUUCCCUGCCCCUUCCUAGUGUCUCUCUAUGCCUCAGUUCUUCUUCUUUCCUGCUCCGAGUACCAACUGACCUGUGUGUGCCGAGGGCUGGCCUGUGGUGCCAGGAUGGUCGUCCAUGGCACCACCUAGCUCUGCUGUUGGAGCCCCCCCCCCAACCGAAGUCUUGUCUUGGGGCCCUGGACUGUACUGGGGAGUGAGUUUGUUUCUUCUAGGGAGGGGAUAAAGCAACCGUCUUCCCAUCUCCUGUAGGUACUGUGGGCUUGGUCAUCCCCACUUUUCUGGGGAUUGGCAGAAAGGACGAACCACAUGCGCCAACAGGGCAUUUAACUUGGAGGAAAUAAGCGGGUCCUGGACUUCGUGUUUUUGCCAUAUCACUCCCAACGGUGUCUCACCUCAGCGAGGAAGGCUGCAUCCGAGAGUCAACGGUGCAGCUGUGGGUUCGUGCUGUUGUGGUGGUACCUCCAGUGUUGUAUGUGUUGUGUUUCAAUAAACCCUUUCAAGG